AUGAGACAAGUCGUCGUAUUUUGUUUUCUUCUAUUUACUUUUGAGUCUAAUGGAGGUAUUCUUAAAGACAUUGUUAAAGAGGUACACGAAAAAACUACUCAAAUAAGAGAAGAUAUAAGAAAUGUUUUUCGUAAUGGCGGCAAGAAAGAUGAGAUUAUUGUCUCUUCCACGAAUUCCACACAGACAAGCGUAAACAAAACUAAUGAUGAAAUUGCCAAAUAUGAAAUAGGCUUACACAUGGAUGAAAUACUUGAUAUGGUAUUUCCUUCCUCAGCAACUACAGAAAUAACAAAAGAGAUGGUGAAAUCAACGGAGAUUUAUUUUGAUACCACCAACAAUGAAACAAAAGAUGGACGUGAUAGUUUUGAAGCUGCUAAGUGUGCAACAGAUUUUAAGAAAACUCAGGAUGGACGGUGUAAGAAACGUGAAAAAUUUUCUUUCAAUUAA